AUGGCUGCCGGAGGGAUUUCAUCUGGUAAACAGAGAAAUCCGCGGGGAUUUAUGACAGUCUUGUCUUCUGCGGUAUGUGAAUGGUUCUUGAUGUUUUUGUUGUUUCUAGAUGCUGCAUUGGCGUAUUUCAUUGCUAAAUUUGCGAGUUACUAUGAGUUGCAAACACCGUGUAUGUUGUGUUCGAGGUUUAAUCAUAUACUUGGUGAUAAGAAAAGUGGAUGUUAUGGGAGUCAUCUUUGUAGGAACCAUAAAGAGGAUGUAUCAUUUCAAGUGUUUUGUCAUAUUCAUGGUAAUCUUGCUGAUGUUCGUGCUAUGUGUGAAGAAUGCCUUGUAUCGUUUGCUACUGAGAAUAUACUUAUUAAAGAGUCGGAUAACUUGAUGAUUGAUAAAUUGGGGAAUAAGAGUUUUAUACCUAGUUCUCCUGGCCCAUGGAACUGUUCUUGUUGUCAGAAGACGUGGAGGGCUCGAUCAAGUGCUCAAAGAUUGCUCCAGCUAACUUCAGUUGGUUUUGGAGCUUCUAAGGCUAAUGUCAAGCCUCCUCUACCACGGGCACCAGGUCGUAGCCGUUUCAGUCGACGUGAUAGCUUUAAGAAGAUCAGGGAUAAAAUUUCUGGGCCAGAGUCACCUAGGACAAGGGCUUCUGCCCUUGACCCUUUAUCACAUGUAGGAUAUACAGAGUUGAAGAUUACUUCAGAUUCUGAGUCAGAAAUCCAGAUGUCUGAUGAUGAGGAUGGAUGUUCUGUAACUCGUGGUAAAAAUGAUUCUAGAUCGGAAGAUAAUGUUCGACAUGGCAAAGGUAUAAUGCAGAAAUUAGAAACCGAUCUGCCUAGCCAAUCUUCUGAAUCCAAGCCUUAUUAUCUGGAUCGACCAAGGCAGCUAGCUGCCAGCUCGGGCAAAACUGUGAGUUUUCAGGCAUCUGAUGAUUUUGUAGGGCAUGGCUUAGCAGAACUUGACUGGGAAAGUCUUUCUCCUAAGACCGGUGCUUCUGUAUUGCCAGAGUUCAUUUCAUCAUAUAAUGUUGCCCAGGCAUCCAACCCUUUAGAAGAUCAUCACACGUCACGAGAGAGUUUAACGUCCAAUGUUUUUCUCCCUCGUAUCUCAGACCUCUCUGCACUUUCGGAGCUCAUAUCAGUGACCAAGACACCUUCUUUAUCCAGUAUUAACAUCCAUGAGACAGAUUUGACGGAAGGAAAUGAUGAAGGAAGCAACUUAACUGAGAAGAAUAAUGCAAAAGCUCCAGUUCAUUUAGAUGAAAGUGCUCCACCUAUAUCAAACCAAAAAAAUCAAGCUGAUAUAUCUGUUGUGAGUAAUGGAGGGAGAAAAAUAUCAGAUAGGCUUGGAGAACCAAGUGCAAUUACUGAUUCUGCAAAUGCUGGCGAAGGUAUGAAGUCGCUUCCCCAACUUUCUACUUCUGUGACGGAUGAAUCGCAAACUGCGAGUCGUAGGAAUCACGAUAGGCUUGGAGAACCAAGAGCAAUUAGUGAUUCUGCAAAUGCUGGAGAAGGUAUGAAGUCGCUUCCACAACUUUCUACUUCUGUGACGGAUGAAUCGCAAACUGCAAGUCUUAGGAAUCAUGAUAGGCUUGGAGAAGCAAAAGCAAUUAGUGAUUCUGCAAAUGCUGGAGAAGGUAUGAAGUCACUUCCACAACUUUCUACUUCUGUGACGGAUGAAUCACAAACUGCAAGUCUUAGGAAUCAUGAUAGGCUUGGAGAAGCAAAAGCAAUUAGUGAUUCUGCAAAUGCUGGAGAAGGUAUGAAGUCACUUCCACAACUUUCUACUUCUGUGAUGGAUAAUCAUGAUAGGCUUGGAGAAGCAAAAGCAAUUAGUGAUUCUGCAAAUGCUGGAGAAGGUAUGAAGUCACUUCCACAACUUUCUACUUCUGUGAUGGAUGAAUCGCAAACUGCAAGUCUUAGGAAUCAUGAUAGACUUGGAGAAGUAAAAGCAAUUAGUGAUUCUGCAAAUGCUGGAGAAGGUAUGAAGUCGCUUCCACAACUUUCUACUUCUGUGGCGGAUGAAUCGCAAACUGCAAGUCUUAGGAAUCAUGAUAUGCUUGGAGAAGCAAGUGCAAUUAGUGUUUCUGUAAAUGCUGGAGAAGGUAUGAAGUCACUUCCCCAACUUUCUACUUCUGUGAUGGAUGAAUCGCAAAUUGCAAGUCUUAGGAAUCAUGAUCAUAGUGAUGACCGACAAAGAAGUGAUGCUUCUAGCUCUGACGGGGUACAUGUGGUUCAAACAUCUACCAUCACGGGGAGAGAUGAUUCUGGUAAUGAAUCAGCAGAUGGAUUCAGCGUCAGUGAUAUUGAGGACGAGAGUAUUGUUGAUAGGUUGAAACGACAGAUUGAACAUGAUCAGAGAUACAUAAAUUCUCUAUACAAGGAACUGGAGGAAGAAAGGAGUGCAUCAGCCAUUGCCACUAAUCAGGCAAUGGCCAUGAUCACUAGGUUGCAAGAGGAGAAGGCAUCACUUCAUAUGGAGGCCUUGCAGUAUUUAAGAAUGAUGGAAGAGCAAGCCGAGUAUGAUAUGGAGGCACUAGAAAGGGCUAAUGAUCAACUUGCUGAUAGGGAGAAAGAGUUGCAAGAUCUGGAAGAAGAGUUAUUAGAAUAUAAAAAUAAUAUUCCAGAUGAGUUAACAGCAGAAGAUCCACAAAAGGAAAACAAAAACCUGAAAGAAGAAAAUGUAAUAAAUGGGAAUCAUAGUUUAGAACAUGUCGAAAACAAGGUCAGUGGCAGUUCAGAUUCGAAAACUAUUAGAGUAUCCAAAAUCUGUGAUAAACCUAGACAGUUUAAUGAUUCAAUAUGUAACUUCGAGGACGAAAAGCAAUGUAUUUCAAAACAUCUGGAGAACUUGGAGAAAAAGCUUUUUCAAAUUUCUGGCAGAAAGGCCUCAGAUAAUGUUCCUUGUAACGGAUAUUCAGAAAGGGUAAAGAAAGAUGCUGAUAAUCAAGUUAAGAAACAAAGUGAUGAUGGGGGAAGUAUUAAUUCCCAACAGGAGGAGGAGAUUUCUUCAUCCACGCGCAAUGAUUUUUCUAAAUCAAAUGGCAGUCCCAUUGACAAGCCUGCUGCUUUAGAUGUGGAAAAUGCUAUUGUUAGUGAAAAGAAAAACCAUUUAGACAAUAAUCAUAGUAAGCUUUCCUCUCUUGGAGGUGAAGUUGAUGGGGCUUCUAUAGGAAAUGAAAUAUCAGAGCUUAGUGGGAGGUUACAAGCACUUGAGGAUGACUGUAAAUUCCUCAUGCAUGCCUUUAACUCGCUCCAGAAUGGACAUGAAGGAAUACAGCUUAUUCAGGAAAUAGCUCAUCAGCUGCAAGAAAUACGGAAAGUCGAUUUUGACAAGAGAUGACUAUCUCUAAACUUUGAAAUUUCAAGUUUUACAAUGACAAGAUUUUCCGGCUGAAACUUUCAAAGAGAUGCAUGCCAGAAUGGAAGCUGUAGCGAGAAGCCCAGCUGCAUCAUUAUUUACAGCUUAUAGUUGGAAGGGAGAAGCUCAUGACACCAAAGAAAUAGUUUUGAUGAUCGAGAAUUGGUCUAAAGUACUGCUUUUCAGGUCUUCUUGUCCUCUUAAAUUGGUUUUGUUGAAAAAAUACCGCUCAUCCUUUUGUUUUUGUUUCGUUUUCCUGGUUUUGGGUCCUUUUUUCACAAUUUUGUUAGUCGUUAAUGUGAUCGUGUGGUGCGAGAUUUUGGUGUAAUGUGUGUAUAUCUUUUUCAAGGUUGGGCUUUGUUGCCAGAUUUCACAACUGUAAAUGCAGAUAGGUUCUUCAAAGGACUUCCAAAUUUGCUUCUA